GCGGUAUGCGGAACAGGAGACAAUCAAUUAAGAAUAGUAAGUUUAGGUGUUGGUCCUGAAGAAAAGUACCAAGUGUCGCAUUCUCAAGAAAUUACUUGUCUAGUAGUUACUCCAGAUUCUCAGUCACUGAUUACGGGCUCGAGAGACAUGAGUUUGAAGGUUUGGCAGCUCGCUGGCGGCAAAUUAUCUCAGGUCCUCGUUGGUCACACGGAUCACGUCACCUGCGUCGCAGUUUCUGUGCUCGACAAAUCCAUCGUAGUUUCUGGUUCCAAGGAUGCGAACCUGAUCGUCUGGGAUAUAAAUACUGGCAGCGAUCUGCAUACGUUAAAAGGCCAUUUAGGUUAUGUAACCUGCGUAAAAUUGUCGUGUGAUGGAACUCUAGCAGCGUCUGGAAGCGAAGACAAGAGUUUGAUCAUUUGGGACACGAAGAAGGGCUGUUCACUGAGCAGCAUAAUGUUACACGUCCCUGUGUUAGGUGUCGAGGUUGCCACGGAUAUGUCGAGGCUCGCGUUGCAUUUACUCGAACACAAAUGCAUGCCUAUUCUAUGUUUGCAUAAUACUCCAGCGCAGUAUGUGAAAUUACCGGAUUACGUAGCACCCUGGUGCGAUACCAGAGAUUUGAGACCACCCGGACGGAAGAGACCCAAUAAGAGAUUAUUGAAGAAAGAAGUGUCAUUGGAUAGCGACACGUGGCAUAGGAAAUAUGGCCAUCUCACUUCAGGGGUUUUAACGUCGUCGAUAGAGGAUGGAUUACAACGACGAUUCAGCGUAAGCGCUUCCAUGGACGAGAUCAGCAAAGUCGGAUUAACGAGUAGUCCAUCCGGUUUAGGACCGGAACAGGCUGCACUCGCCCAGUCCCAACACUUUGAUCAACUCGAAGCACUUUGGAAUAAACAGUCGCCACCUGCUAGACCUCGUGCUCAUGGUAGGACUUUGUCGAAGCAAAGUUCUUUGCAAGCUACGCGAAUAUCAGAUUCUGAGGAAGAAGGUGUACCAGACUAAAGCGAUACUUUGUUAGAAACUAAACGGACUAAAUCCUAGUCGUCGUACUUUCUUCUUUUUUUUCCACUGUCUUUCUAAGUAACAGAGAAGAAAAAUAGUAAGUAGGAAAAAAAAAAAACACGAAAGGAAAACGUCUCUAAGGUAAAGCUCUAAAUUACAAAUUUCUCGUGUCUGACGCAAUAAACAUGAAUAUAUAUAUAUAUAUAUAUAUAUAUAUAUAAAUAUAGAUACACAUAUGUAUAUCAUUAUUAGAGGAGAAAUAAAUUAACUUUAUUUAUUUUCA